AUGUGGAAAAAUGGACUAAUUUACGCCCAAGACAGCCGGAAUAUCCAAAAUAGCGGUUGUGUGGAUUCGAACAUGACUUUAUCCCAAACCCAGGCAAAUGAAUUCUUAGAAUCCUUGGAAUCCUGUACGAUGCUUGGAGUGCCAAAGUCAUGGAAAGACUUAAAGUGGGGAUAUCGAGAGCACGCAGUGAUGAAAGUAAAUCCCUUUUGGCUCCAACCGAAGUUCCAAACGUGGUGUUCCAAACCUCGGAAUACUUUGCGUUUUGUGAAAGGCUCUUAUCAAAACCGGUCGCAAAUCAAGAGUUUCUGUUUGGAUUUUAUCAAGCUCAUGGAGGAUGCGAGGGUACCGCUCCUAUGGGCGUUAAAACCGAACUCCUGUGAACAGUCGAAUGGGUUCUCUCCAGAACGUGUAUUAAGUUACUUGAUAGUACAAGCACUAACCAUAUCCUUGAAACAGGAAAAGGCCUCAGGGAUAUCAGAGAGGCAGGCAGCUCAAAUCCGUGGGAAAUUUCAAGAUGCCUCAACCCUCACGGAUUACAUCGACCUUCUAUGCUUCAGUAUAUCUAUAUCUCGAUUACCUGAGGUCUGUAUCCUUAUUGAUGUACACUUGCUUAAUACCAGACAGCAAGGAUCCCGGGAGCAUGUUGAUUUGAUGAACGCGUUAUCAAUCGCUCAAAGCCGCUUACAUGACGAUGGCUGCAGGACAGUGGUCAAAACUCUCUUGGUGAGCUAUGGAGGAAUUAUGUUCAACGAACAUGCAUCAUCAGAUGUGAUGAAUAAUGUUAUCUUGGCUGGUAGUAAUAGGCAUGAGAAGGGCAAACCGGUACACCGACGCCGCGAGGUAGGCCGCUUAGUAUCUUCUCAUUUCAGCGGCUUUGGUAGAGCUCGACGCUAAGAAUAUAGCUUAUACCUUGGUAGAAUGUAACAUGUUCCACCAGGAAGCUGUGCAUCCGACCAAAUCUGGCCCAACUCUCUGCACAAUAACCGCAAUGCUGCGACGGCAACGUUUCAUGCAGACCUUUUAUGAAGGCAAACUAGGCUUCAAAAUCUUCUCAGUAAGCAGUUCAAAUGACACUUAAACGUCCCUUCCUGUCUAGCAUAAGUAUACAAGCAGUCUACCGGCGAAUUAGUACAUAGCAUAACAGGCUACUCACCACCCUACCAAAACCAACAAUACGCCAGAAAGCUGGUUACUCUAGACCUUCAUAGCCCUAUCACAAUACUAUAACCAUAAAAAUACUUUAGGCUCUAACUACACGAUAUGGGCGUUUGGAGUUCUGGGGAUUUAGUCUACCAGGUGCGCGUGGGCCGUAUGGUACGGCUUCCUUCCCUCCCAUCUUCCAUCAGUCACU